AUGGCUAUUUCAAGCACCAUCAAGAACCCAUCAGCGCCUCAGGCUGCUGGACCCAAGGUCGCUAUCAUAGGAGCGGGGUUAACGGGCCUGAUAACUGCUCAUGGUCUAAAGAAGCAUGGAUUUGAUGUCACCGUCUACGAGCGUGAUGUGAGCGUUGACGCACGUCCAAGAGACUGGACCAUUCUUAUCCACUGGGGAAUGGCGACACUUACAGAGCUGCUACCCGAGCGCGCCCUCAAAAAGAUUCCCAGCGCCGUAUGCAACCCCUACCUAGACUUUAGUGAGUGGGAUGAGAGCAUCCCUGGAUACGAUGGUAACAGUGGCGAGAUGUUGUUCAAGAAUCCUACCCCUGGGGCUCGGCGAGUUAGUCGACGUCGGUUCCGGAAAGUCCUGGUUGAAGGCCUCGACAUUAAAUGGGGCAAGACAUUGGGUUCCCUAUCUGCUGUCGACGACGAUACCAUGCACCUUACUUUCGACGAUGGUACCAGUGUUGAUGCAAAUUACGUAUUAGGAACAGAUGGAGUAUCAUCAAAAGUUCGAGAGCUGCUCGUAGGAGUUGAGGCUGCUAAGCCAAUCCCCUCCGGAUUUAUGAUUGCCAACUGCAUCGUCAAGUAUGGCGACGCUGAAAAGGUGAACAUGAUUGUAAAAUCCCAUCCAGUAUGCGCUUUGAUGCUCGGCUCUGGUGUGAUGGCUGGCUGUGGCGUGAUGUCGGUUGAAGAUCCGAAUGACGUUGCUUCCUGGGAAACCUUUUGGGUAAAAGUCUGGAAAGGCCAACCGGUCAGAUUGAAUGGCCAGCAAGCCAUUGAAUACAUUCAAGCCGACCUCACCGGCCUUUGUGAACCCUUCCGAUCCGCGGUGGAUUGGACCCCUAAAGGAAGCCCUUGCUACAUUGACGAGAUGAAUUAUUGGAUUCCUUCGGCCUGGGAAACCUACGAUGGCAAAGUGACGCUUGCUGGAGAUGCUGCGCAUCCCAUGCUUCCAUUCAGAGGACAGGGUCUUCAACACGCCAUCAUUGAUAGUCAUCACUUUGUUGAUGCUCUAGUUAGGCUUAGAAAGACAGGUGAUGCAUCUAUGAGAGAGGAGACUUUGGCGAUAUACGGAGCCGAUGUAGUUGCACGUGGAUGCACAGCUGUUUCACAGUCGCUCAGCGAGGCUGAAAACGCACUCAAUAAGGACACUGUCGGUAGCAUGCUCAUGGUAACCCAGGGUCAUGGAAGAUCUGUUUAA